UCAGGGAAAGCUGGAGGCUGCCUUCCAGGUGAAAAAUGCAACCAACCAAAUCGUGAUGAACUGCGCCGACAUCGACAUCAUCACGGCUUCCUACGCACCGGAAGGGGACGAAGAGGUUCACGCCACGGGGUUCAACUACCAAAACGAGGAUGAAAAGGUUACUCUCUCCUUUCCCAGUACCCUGCAGAAAGGGACAGGGACACUAAAGAUAGACUUUGUAGGGGAGCUGAAUGAUAAAAUGAAAGGUUUUUACCGGAGUAAAUACACCACCCCCACCGGAGACACCCGCUACGCUGCUGUCACUCAGUUCGAGGCUACUGAUGCUCGCAGAGCUUUCCCUUGCUGGGAUGAACCUGCAAUUAAGGCAACAUUUGAUAUUUCUUUGGUGGUUCCUAAAGACAGAGUAGCUUUGUCAAAUAUGAACGUGGUGGACAGGAAGCCCUACCCGGACGACGAGAACCUGGUGGAGGUGAAGUUCGCCAGGACCCCCGUGAUGUCCACGUACCUCGUGGCCUUCGUGGUGGGCGAGUACGACUUCGUGGAGGCGCGGUCGCAGGACGGCGUCCUGGUGCGGGUCUACACGCCCGUGGGCAAGGCCGAGCAAGGAAAGUUUGCGCUGGAGGUUGCUGCUAAAACUCUGCCUUUUUAUAAGGACUACUUCAAUGUUCCUUACCCUCUUCCUAAAAUUGAUCUCAUAGCUAUUGCAGACUUUGCUGCUGGUGCCAUGGAGAACUGGGGCCUUGUUACUUAUAGGGAGACAGCUCUGCUCAUCGACCCCAAAAACUCCUGCUCUUCAUCUCGCCAGUGGGUGGCUCUGGUUGUGGGCCAUGAACUCGCUCACCAGUGGUUUGGAAACCUUGUGACCAUGGAAUGGUGGACCCACCUGUGGCUGAAUGAGGGCUUUGCCUCGUGGAUUGAGUACCUGUGUGUGGAUCACUGCUUCCCAGAGUACGACAUCUGGACCCAGUUCGUGUCUGCUGACUACACACGGGCCCAGGAGCUCGAUGCCUUAGACAACAGCCACCCCAUUGAAGUCAGUGUGGGCCACCCCUCCGAGGUGGAUGAAAUCUUUGAUGCCAUUUCCUACAGCAAGGGAGCCUCUGUGAUCCGGAUGCUGCACGACUACAUCGGGGACGAGGAUUUCCGGAAAGGCAUGAAUUUGUACCUGACCAAAUUCCAGCAGAAAAACGCUGCCACAGAGGAUCUCUGGGAAAGCCUGGAAAAAGCCAGUGGCAAACCCAUUGCUGCUGUGAUGAACACGUGGACCAAACAAAUGGGAUUCCCGCUCAUUUACGUGGAAGCUGAGCAGCAAGAAGAUGACAGAGUGUUGAAGUUAGUCCAGAAGAAAUUCUGUGCCAGUGGACCAUAUACUGGGGAGGAUUUCCCCAUGUGGAUGGUGCCCAUAAGUAUUUGCACAAGUGAUGACCCCACCUGUGCCAAAAUGCAGAUCCUGAUGGACAAACCAGAGCUCACUGUGGUUUUGAAAGACACCAAAGCAGACCAGUGGGUGAAGCUCAACCUGGGCACGGUGGGGUUUUACCGCACCCAGUACAGCCCGGACAUGCUGGAGAGUUUAAUCCCAGCCAUCAAAGACCUCUCCCUACCCCCUGUGGACAGGCUGGGCCUGCAGAAUGAUCUCUUCUCUCUGGCCCGAGCUGGAAUCAUUAGCACUGUAGAGGUUCUCAAAGUCAUGGAGGCUUUUGUGAACGAGCCCAAUUACACCGUGUGGAGCGACCUGAGCUGUAACCUGGGCAUCCUCUCCACCCUCCUGUCCCACACAGACUUCCACGAGGAGAUCCAGGUGUUCGUGAAAGACGUCUUCUCCCCCAUAGGGGAGAGACUGGGAUGGGACCCCAAACCUGGAGAGGGUCACCUGGACGCCCUCCUGAGGGGUCUGGUCUUGGGAAAACUGGGAAAAGCCGGGCACAAGGCAACGUUGGAAGAGGCCCGGCGCCGCUUCAAGGACCACGUGGAAGGAAAACACAUCCUGUCAGCUGACCUGAGGAGUCCUGUCUAUGUGACGGUGCUGAAGCACGGAGACAGCUCUACUUUGGACACCAUGCUGAAGCUCCACAAGCAGGCAGACAUGCAGGAGGAGAAGAACAGAAUUGAACGUGUUCUCGGAGCCAUCUCUCAGCCAGAACUGAUUCAAAAAGUUCUCACCUUUGCACUUUCAGAAGAGGUACGUCCCCAGGACACGGUGUCAGUGAUCGGAGGAGUCGCUGGAGGCAGCAAGCAGGGCAGGAAAGCUGCUUGGAAAUUUGUAAGGGACAAUUGGGAGGAACUUUAUAAUCGAUACCAAGGUGGAUUCUUAAUAUCCAGACUAAUAAAGCUCACAGUGGAUGGAUUUGCAAAUGAUAAAAUGGCUGCAGAAGUGAAGGCGUUCUUCGAGAGCCACCCCGCGCCGUCGGCGGAGCGCACGGUGCAGCAGUGCUGCGAGAACAUCCUGCUCAACGCCGCCUGGCUCAAGCGGGACGCCGACAACAUCCACCACUUCCUGGCCCAGCGCAGGGGCCCCCCGGCCACCGUCCUCCAAGGACCCAAAGCUGGGAGGGGACAGUGGCCAAGGUGUCAUUUACAGCCUCAAGGAACCCCCAGUCCUCCUGGGCCAUCAGUGGUAGGUCCUGGGGAGCACAGACUGUGAGUAGAGCCUGUAUAAUCUAAAUAAAAAGCACUAAAGAACUGA